GGCUGUCCUUGACGGUGAUCUGUGGCAGAGCAGAGCUCUGUAGUGCUGGGUUGUGCAGGAGGAAGCAGGCAGCCAGCCUUUGCCCAGUGGAUACAUUCUGUUCUGUCUCUUCCAACGCUGCUGCCGUUACCCGGGAUACGCAUUCGGCCUGCCGUGCUGCCAGUGGAGACGAGGACCUUAUGCCAGUCUGCCAUGUCGACUGAGUGCCAACCUAAGGGGAACACGUUUUAAAGUGCCCAUUGCGCCAUGUCUGCCACACAGCUGGAGGAGACAGAAAAUGUUUUUGACCUGAACGAGGCCAUCCCAGAGACAGAGCUGCUGGACAACAGCAUACAGAAGGGGCGUGCCCAGCUGUCCGUCAAAGCCAGGAGGCACCGCCCCUCUCGCUCUCGCUUCCGAGACAGUGUCAGCUCCACAGAGGGAGAUGACAGUCUGGAGAGGAAGUGUCUGGACAGCCCUCUGCACUCCGUCCGUUCCCCCCUCCACUCCACCCUGCGAGGAGGCUCCUCCCCUUCUCCUGAUUCGCUCCUCUCCUCGUCCUCCCCUUGUCCCACCUUACGGAGCCCCGUGUUUUCCUUCGAUACCUCCUCCUUACGGCGCUCCCCGGAGGAGGGCGGGACCGGGUCGCCAGCCCCUCGGGGGCGGUACCACCAGCUGACAAAUGCCACGUCUCAGGAGGCCCUGGUGACCACGCCCAACAGCUCUCCCUCCAAGUCGUGUCCCAGUUCGGACUGCUCGCCUGUUUACAUUCGACGGGCACGACGCCCAGACAGUGAGGUGUUAGUUUCAGAAGACAGUCGAGACACCAGCCCGGCUGACCCCAGCAACAACAGCCUUAUCUUUGACAAGAAGACCAAGAGGAGAUUCUUGGACCUGGGGGUCACGUUGAGACGCUCCUAUGUGAGGGUCAGAAAAGACAAGUCAAACAGACUGUCAAUGGGAAGCCGGGAGCCAUCUGAGAGCCCGUCCAGGUCCUCUGGCUCUUUCGUGCCUUUCUCCUGGUUCACUGACAGCACCAGGGGCUCCGUGUCGUCCGGGGCAACUCCGCCCUGCUCCCCCAAACUGGUCUCACAGGACUGCAGCCCCCGCAAGUCCAACUCCCAGGAGUCUGCCCUGAGUGAUGAGUUCUCACUGCCCCCCUGUAGUCCCCCUCACGCCUCCAGUGGGACCACAGCCGACUCGUCCUCCCGCUCCUCACAACGCUACCAGACCCUCUCCCAGUCCUCAGACGAGCCUAUAGACGAGCCGCUGUGCCUAGUGUCGUCGUGGAGCACCCAGCAGGUGUGCCAGUGGCUGAAGGGGUUGAACAUGGAGCAGUACAUCCCAGAGUUCACUGCCAGGGACAUCGACGGGGAGCAGCUCCUCCUGAUGGAUGGCACCAAGCUCAAGGGUUUGGGAGUGAACAGUUCCACGGACCGCAGUGCACUGAAAAAGCGGAUCAAAGACAUUCACGCAGCAGCGGGAAAGGAGCGCAAGGCCCUGGACAAACUGGAACGCCAGAAAGAGAAGCAGCGCAAAAAGGAACAGGAGCUACGCAAGCUAAACACAAGCUAAACAUAACCACCAGAUGGCGCUAAAUCAUCACAUAAAUACUCCUGACUAGAAACUGGUGUUUGUGCACAUCUCCAACUCCCACAUUAUCAUGAUAGCAUUGAUGCUAAGUGGAGUUUUGUGCAAAAAGUUGGAUUUUGCUCAUAGACUUUCGUACUGUACCUCUGGUUUGGAUGUGAGUCUUUGAACCCUGUGAUGGGCGGGACAGUGUGUUGUCUAUCACUGACAAAUGAAUAAUAACAGAAUGAAAGCUCCAUGCUCUUCUUGUCAAAUGGAUUUAUUUUAGACCAAGAUCGGAAGCCCAAAGUGGGCAUGUGAGAGAUGGGUCGCGAGUCAUGAGAAUACAUCUACAGUCACACACUAUUUAUUCUUAAUUUGGGUAGUUGGAGGACAAUUGGGUCACGGCAGGACUGUCAAUUUCUAACUUGGGUCCCGAGGUGAAAAAGCUUAAGAACUGUUUUGGACCAAUCAAUCAGUGGUUGACGCAACAUGAUAGGUCCCGCCCAUAUUGGGGUUCAGUUGUCUCAUUCUUCCUGGCUAUGAAACACGUGUUGUCGUGUUGUUCUUUGUCAGUCGUCAAGUUUAUCCUCCCUUGUGGAAAUAAAUCGGACUAAUAAUUUGUUACUGGGAUUGAAUAUGUGUUAUAAACUCAGCAAAAAAAUACACGUCCUCUCACUGUCAACCGUGUUUAUUUUCAGCAAACAUGUGUAAAUAUUUGAAUGACCAUAAGAUUCAACAACUGAGACAUAAACUGAACUAGUUCCACAGACAUGUGACUAACAGAAAUGGAAUAAUGUGUCCCUGAACAAAGGGGGGUCAAAAUCAAAAGUAACAGUCAGUAUCUGGUGUGGCCACCAGCUGCAUUAAGUACUGCAGUUCAUUUCCUCCUCAUGGACUGCACCAGAUUUGCCAGUUCUUGCUGUGAGAUGUUACUCCACUCAUCCAUCAAGGCACCUGCAAUUUUCCAGACAUGUUUGGGGGGAAUGGUCCUAGCCUUCACCCUCCAAUCCAACAGGUCCCAGACGUGCUCAAUGGGAUUGAGAUCCGGGCUCUUCGCUGGCUAUGGCAGAACACUGACAUUCCUGUCUUGCAGGAAAUCACGCACAGAACGAGCAGUAUGGCUGGUGGCAUUGUCAGUCCCACAAGCCAUCAUGUCAGGAUGAGCACCACAUGAGGGAGGAGGAUGUCUUCCCUGUAACACACAGCAUUGAGAUUGCCCGCAAUGACAACAAGCUCAGUCCGAUGAUGCUGUGACACACCACCCCAGACCAUUUUUUAAAAUUUAAUUUUACCUUUAUUUAACUAGGCAAGUCAGUUAAGAACAAAUUCUUAUUUUCAAUGACGGCCUAGGAACAGUGGGUUAACUGCCUGUUCAGGGGCAGAACGACAGAUUUGUACCAUGUCAGCUCGGGGGUUUGAACUUGCAACCUUUCGGUUACUAGUCCAACACUCUAACCACUAGGCUACCCUGCCGCCCCAUGACGGACCCUCCAACUCCAAAUCGAUCCCGCUCCAGAGUACACGCCUCGGUGUAACGCUCAUUCCUUCGACGAUAAACGCGAAUCCAAACCAUCACCCCUGGUGAGACAAAACCGCGACUCGUCAUUGAAGAGCACUUUUUGCCAGUCCUGUCUGGUCCAGCAAUGGUGGGUUUGUGCCCAUAGGCAAUGUUGUUGCCGGUGACCUGCCUUAUAACAGGCCUACAAGCCCUCAGUCCAGCCUCUCUCAGCAUAUUGCGGACAGUCUGAGCACUGAUGGAGGGAUUGUGCAUUCCUGGUGUAACUCGGGCAGUUGUUGCCAUCCUAUACUUGUCCCGCAGGUGUGAUGGUUGGAUGUACCGAUCCUGUGCAGGUGUUGUUACACGUGGUCUGCCACUGCGAGGACUGUCUCAGGCGUCUCACAGUACGGACAUUGCAAUUUAUUGCCCUGGCCACAUCUACAGUCCUCAUGCCUCCUUGCAGCAUGCCUAAGGCACGUUCACGCAGAUGAGCAGAGACCCUGGGCAUCUUUCUUUUGGUGUUUUUUAGAGUCAGUAAAAAGGCCUCUUUAGUGUCCUAAGUUUUCAUAACUGUGACCGUAAUUGCCUACCGUCUGUAAGCGGUGUUUAAACCCUUUACAAUGAAGAUCUGUGAAGUUAUUUGGAUUUUUACGAAUUACCUUUGAAAGACGGGGUCCUGAAAAAGGGACGUUUCUUUUUUUGCUGAGUUUAUGUGACUUCUACACACAUUCAAUGCAUUGACAAAGUCAUACUUUCCCCAUAGCUUUUGACCAUACACACAAACAGUACAUUCUAGCAAAUUACACACUAUGAAAACCUAACCAUGGUCUGAGUUAUUAUAGAAAGAAUAUAAUUAUAGAAAUUGGCAUUUAUUUAUUUUUUACAAAGAAUAUAAUCACAGAAUUCAGUUUUUUUUUUAAAUACUGAUAACCACAAGCCAGUAACACACAACCACAUUCAUAUUGUAGUAUGCAUCAAUACUCUGUCAGUGGACAGGAGUAAAACUUGAAGUAACAGGAAGAUUUGUCCAAGACAUUGUCAAGAUAAGAUGCUGAUGAAACAGAUGUGAUUUUUGAGCAUAUUUGUAUAUACUGUGUGUUUGUGGCGUACGUGCAUGUUUGUGGCGUAUGAUAUACUGUCUGUUUGUGUGUGUGUAAGUGUGCAUAUGUGCUAUCUGAGGUCAUUGUUUUGGUAACGACUGUAUGGGGAUGGGACUGGCUCUCCUGAAAGGAGUCUUCUGAGGAGGCCACUUUAGAAUUCUGGCUGUUGUCAAUCUUUUGUCUACUCUCACGUUACACCAGUCGUCAUCUUAGCUGGUUUUUGUCUUGAGAGUCUCCAACUUUUUGGAUCCUCCUGGAACAAGACAAGAAUGGCACCAAUCAUCUUUGGAGGAUUCAGGGCCCCGUAUAAGGACUGAUCCUGGGACAUGCUAUCCAAACCGUACCCCCAUUUUGCCCAGUUUUCACACUGAAUUCAUGGACUGGUUUGUGGUCAGAAGAACCAGUGACAUGGAUAUUAGCUCCAGGUUUUACACAUACAAGGUCUUUAGGACUCGCUUCUUGAUUUCCAUCCUCCCAGGAUGCUGUGACUUCAUUUAUUUUCAACUCCUGUGUCAAAUGGAAAUGUGUAAUAAAUAUGGUUUAGAAUGCAGAA